CGACGGGAAAUACGUUACGUGGGUGGGCGCUCUAUUCUGGUCUAUCAAUACACACAGCGCCGCCCUGCGUGCCCUUUUAAAUUGGGGCGCGGCUUCGCCCCGUGGCCGGCUUAUGCCACGCGCCGCACCAGAUGCAGGCUGCCGAUGAAUGUGAGCGCGACGAUGCGCCCCGUUACCUGCGCGCGCCAGGAGAAGCGCGCUUCUACUUAAUGUUCGCGCACUCCGGGCCAGGCGCGAGCCAGCCGAGUCUUAGCGAAAACGUGCGCCAGCAGUCCGCUGACUUGGCCGAGCGCCUUGCGAGCAGGCCGAAACACGAAUCGCCGGCAGCUGAAACAAGAUUUCUACCGGGAAGUCAGCAGGGAACGCGGCAGGGCGCCGGGCGCGAUUGUGCUGCAGCUAGGCCGCAAGAGGCCCGGCGCACCCCGGGCGGCAGCGUGCCGCGCGAAUUAAUUGCGCGCCGUGUGUGUGGUUCGGAGGCCCCGCCUGGCGCGCCUCUUCACGGCUGCCCGGACCUUUGCCCGGGCGGCCUGUUGUUUCCUCGCAGCCUUUAUUCCGGGCACCGGCACCGGCGCCGUAUUGUACCCAUUGAAUACCUUGGGCGCGUCCGCGGUGAAGGGCCAAACCCUUCCGUGCCCUACGGCUUUAUGGCUUCGCGCGGCACUAGAACUGGAGUCAUCAGUGCCGUGGCGUUUUCGUUGCUUCAGCUCAGCUUGUGCAUAGUGCAUGCAGUUGCUCCGUGGAGUCAUUUUUAA